AUGGCGGCGUCUGCGGCGCGUCUGAGGCGAGCGAGUUGGGGGCUGCUGCGCUGCCAGGAGGUCUUCAGACAUCAGCACUUCCCAGCCCAGCGUGGUCUCCGUGUUGCAGCUGUGUUGCAGAGAGUUUCAGAUGAGCAGAAACAGCAGCCCCUCCAGUCUCCCACCCAGCAGCAUUUCAACUCCCAGCCAGUUGGAGAGCAGCAUGAUCAAGAGCAUCCACACUCACGUCCCAGUUACACAGAUCAGGGCGGUGAAGAAUCCGAGGGCUACGAGAGUGAAGAGCAAUUGCAGCAUCGGAUCCUCACAGCAGCGUUGGAGUUUGUGCCUACUCAUGGCUGGACAGCGGAUGCUAUUGCAGAGGGAGCGAAGUCACUGGGUCUCUCUGUUGCUGCAGCAGGGCUUUUUCACAAUGAUGGCAGUGAACUGAUUCUGCACUUCGUGUCCCAGUGUAACUCCAAGCUCUCUGAACUUCUCGAGGAGCAACACAAGUUGGUGCAGCUAGGCCAGGCAGAGAAGAAGAAGACAGAUGAGUUUCUAAAGGAUGCCUUAGAAGCCAGGCUGAGGAUGCUCAUUCCAUAUAUUGAAAAAUGGCCCCAGGCUAUUAGUUUGUUGUUGCUGCCGCACAAUAUCCCAGCCAGCCUAAACCUCUUGACGAGCAUGGUGGAUGACAUGUGGCACUAUGCAGGAGACCAGUCCACUGAUAUAAACUGGUACACCCGUCGAGCAGUGCUGGCUGGCAUUUACAACACUACAGAGCUGGUGAUGAUUCAAGACUCCUCUUCUGACUUUGAGGAGACCUGGUCCUUCCUACAGAGCAGACUAGCUGAUGCCAUGAACAUGGGCCACACAGCUAAACAGGUGCAGGCAACAGGAGAAGCACUCAUCCAGGGACUUAUGGGUGCUGCUAUUACUAUAAAGAAUCUCACAGGACUGAACCAGCGCCGAUGAAGUGGAGUUGCUGGGAAGAGGGGUCAUCAAUCCCAAGACCUGUAAAGACAGGGGACAUGGUGCCAAGGAAUCACACCAAAAGAACUCUAAACUGUUGUAAUUUCUCUAGAACCAUCAACACAAAGCAAACACACCCGCCCCACACACCCUACCACCACCACCACCAUCAGCAGCAACAGCCUAAUGUGGGAAGCCAUAUUUUAUGGACCACAUAAAUGCCACAGUGGGUUUUCUGUUUAUGCCAUUUACCUUGAUGUUUGACUUUCCCAAUGAAAAGUUAAAAAUAGGGUCCAUUCAUAGGAAAUUGUGUGGUGAAGGUUGAUCAUUUUGGACCCAGUGGAUCCCUCCCCCCACCGGCCUAAAGAGGCUUGUAUGUCAUUGGUGGAAAUGGCAAUAUCAUAUGAUUUUGCUCAUAUUCCUAAUCCAGUCAUGCCUAGGAGAAAGAAUACAUUGUUGUAGGCUCCUGUUGACAUAUCAUCACAGCCUUUUCUCCUCCAGGACUGAUGACAUCAAAGCUCAUGACAAUGGUCAACUCGAAGCUCAGUUCUCUACUGGCUACUCGUUGAUGGUAUAUUUUCAGUUCUCUUGUGAAUGUAUAACUUCAUUAGUUCCUGGACAUUGGCGUUUCUGUAAACCCACUAAAAGCGACGGGUGGUUUUCCACGUGAUGAUUUA